AUGUCUUCUUCCCACAAGUCGCUGUUUCAUCUUGGUCCACUCGAUCUCCGAUACUCCCUCCACCUCCCCCUCCUCCCUCUCCUCUUUCACUUGCACCACCGUUCUGCACACCUGAAUCUCCACAACAUCCUCAUCGUCCUCCUCUUUCUCCUUCUCGUCUUCCUCCUCUCCCUUCAUGAUCACACAUUCCUUCUUCCUCCCGAGUCCCUGUUUCCGUCCCCUCGUCUCCACCGCACUCCUCUCAACCUCCCGCUUCCUCUUCCGCGCCUUCUCAUUCCCAUCCUUACACUCUUCUAUCAACUGUGCAACCGACUGGUAACCCGCACCCCACACCUGCAGGGCGGGAGAGCACGAGGCGCAAGGAGGGACGGGUGGAAUGGGAUGGGAGGAGCAAGGAUGAGCGGGUGGGUGGGCGAGGGAGCGCGGCAGAAAACAUAUCACAUCCGUGAGGUGAGCGAGGGAGCGCGGCAGAAAACAUAUCACAUCCGUGAGGUGAGCGAGGGAGCGCGGCAGAAAACAUAUCACAUCCGUGAGGUGAGCGAGGGAGCGCGGCAGAAAACAUAUCACAUCCGUGAGGUGAGCGAGGGAGCGCGGCAGAAAACAUAUCACAUCCGUGAGGUGAGCGAGGGAGCGCGGCAGAAAACAUAUCACAUCCGUGAGGUGAGCGAGGGAGCGCGGCAGAAAACAUAUCACAUCCGUGAGGUGAGCGAGGGAGCGCGGCAGAAAACAUAUCACAUCCGUGAGGUGAGCGAGGGAGCGCGGCAGAAAACAUAUCACAUCCGUGAGGUGAGCGAGGGAGCGCGGCAGAAAACAUAUCACAUCCGCGAGGUGAGCGAGGGAGCGCGGCAGAAAACAUAUCACAUCCGUGAGGUGAGCGAGGGAGCGCGGCAGAAAACAUAUCACAUCCGUGAGGUGAGCGAGGGAGCGCGGCAGAAAACAUAUCACAUCCGUGAGGUGAGCGAGGGAGCGCGGCAGAAAACAUAUCACAUCCGUGAGGUGAGCGAGGGAGCGCGGCAGAAAACAUAUCAAAUCCGCGAGGUGAGCGAGGGAGCGCGGCAGAAAACAUAUCACAUCCGUGAGGUGAGCGAGGGAGCGCGGCAGAAAACAUAUCACAUCCGUGAGGUGAGCGAGGGAGCGCGGCAGAAAACAUAUCACAUCCGUGAGGUGAGCGAGGGAGCGCGGCAGAAAACAUAUCACAUCCGUGAGGUGAGCGAGGGAGCGCGGCAGAAAACAUAUCACAUCCGUGAGGUGAGCGAGGGAGCGCGGCAGAAAACAUAUCACAUCCGUGAGGUGAGCGAGGGAGCGCGGCAGAAAACAUAUCAAAUCCGCGAGGUGAGCGAGGGAGCGCGGCAGAAAACAUAUCACAUCCGUGAGGUGAGCGAGGGAGCGCGGCAGAAAACAUAUCACAUCCGUGAGGUGAGCGAGGGAGCGCGGCAGAAAACAUAUCACAUCCGUGAGGUGAGCGAGGGAGCGCGGCAGAAAACAUAUCACAUCCGUGAGGUGAGCGAGGGAGCGCGGCAGAAAACAUAUCACAUCCGUGAGGUGAGCGAGGGAGCGCGGCAGAAAACAUAUCACAUCCGUGAGGUGAGCGAGGGAGCGCGGCAGAAAACAUAUCACAUCCGUGAGGUGAGCGAGGGAGCGCGGCAGAAAACAUAUCACAUCCGUGAGGUGAGCGAGGGAGCGCGGCAGAAAACAAAUCACAUCCGCGAGGUGAGCGAGGGAGCGCGGCAGAAAACAUAUCACAUCCGUGAGGUGAGCGAGGGAGCGCGGCAGAAAACAUAUCACAUCCGUGAGGUGAGCGAGGGAGCGCGGCAGAAAACAUAUCACAUCCGUGAGGUGAGCGAGGGAGCGCGGCAGAAAACAUAUCACAUCCGUGAGGUGAGCGAGGGAGCGCGGCAGAAAACAUAUCACAUCCGUGAGGUGAGCGAGGGAGCGCGGCAGAAAACAUAUCACAUCCGUGAGGUGAGCGAGGGAGGGAGGCAGAAAACAUAUCACAUCCGUGAGGUGAGCGAGGGAGCGCGGCAGAAAACAUAUCACAUCCGUGAGGUGAGCGAGGGAGCGCGGCAGAAAACAUAUCACAUCCGUGAGGUGAGCGAGGGAGGGAGGCACAUAUCACAUCCGUGUGAACUGUCCCAUUUCAUCCGAGUGAGCUGCCCCAUCCCAUCCGAGUGA